GCGUGGCAGAAGGUUCUCUCGUCAAGCCAAAGCCUCUCAGGGAACAAUGGCUCAAAGGAAAGGCUACCUUGGUAGUCCAGCCUUCUGCCUUCAUGCUGUCUCUUUCCAUCGCUUCCUUUCUUCUGUUAUUUUGUGUUUUGAAUAUUGGAAGCUGUGAGAACUAUAAUGAUCUGAAAAACCUGGAAACAGAGUUUGCCCUCACUCUUUACCAAAAGUUAGCCGAACGCCAUAAUAGAACGAAUCUUGUCAUCUCACCAGCAAGCAUUUCUUUUUCGUUGGGACUUCUGCAAUUUGGAGCUCAGGGAAAUACGCUUGGACAACUGAAACAUGCUUUGGGAUACAACAUUCACGAUGAGAACGUCCAGAACUUCUUGCACACAGCCUACAAAGAAGGAAUUAAUUCCAACCAAAGUAUUAUAGUGCACUUGGCAUGUACCCUUUUUGUUCAAGCUGGGAUACAGCUUUCACCUCAAUUUGUUCAGCAGGCUGCAUGGUGGGGAAAUAACACAGUGCAGCAAAGUAACUUCAGUGAUCCUAACAGGACCAAAGCACAAAUUAGGGAAUGGAUUACCCAGAAUACAGGAGAAACAAGCUGCCUAUCCUUGGACACGAUUGAGUCUCCCCUUAACCAGAUAGCCGUGGUAAGCACCAUACACUUCAGAAGCACAUGGCAAAGGAAAUUCAGUUUCACGCAUACACAAGCUUUGUCCUUUACCACUCCAGAUGGCAUCACCUUGAAAGUGCCUGCCAUGUAUCUCAGAGCGGAAGUCAAUUACGGUGAAUUUCUACUGAGCUCUCUGGAUAAGAUCAGUGUGGUUGAAAUACCUUAUCUGGAGGAGAAGGUUAGCAUGUUUGUGGUGCUUCCAUCCAACAGGAGAACCUCUCUAGCCAGGAUUGAGACUUACUUCUCUGCUCAAACCUUAUCUCUAUGGUCCAGCACCUUGAGAAGAACAGCAAUGGAUAUCGUUCUCCCUAGGUUCAAAAUUCAAAAUCAUUUGGAUUUAAAGUGGAUUUUACCCGCAUUAGGAAUUACAGACAUGUUUGACCAAACUGAAGCUAAUUUUAAAGGCAUUUCAGAACAAGGAGGUCUUUAUAUCUCAGAGGUCUUUCAUAAAGCAAAGAUUGAAGUGACAGAAGAUGGUACAAGAGCCUCAGGCAUUACAGCUAUGUUGUUGUUAAAAAGAUCCAGAGCUCCUGUCUUCAAAGCUGACAGACCUUUUAAUUUCAUUCUAAGCCAAGCCAAAACAGGUUCAAUUCUGUUCAUAGGAAAAUUUACAAAUCCUACACAGUAAACUUAAAAUUAAUCCAUCUACUUGUCUACUUUUCCAAAGCACUGAGGCAUUACUAUACAUAUCUAAGUAGCACAUUUGAUCUGGGAUCAUUUUUCUCUUUUAAUGACCCUGUAAUCCAUCAGAGUGGAAUCGGGGUGAUUGAACAGAGCUUGAGCAUAUUCUGGCCAGAUGCCCUUCCUGACGCCUAUGCAAAGUUCACAGCAGACAAUUACUCACUGGGCCCAGAGAGAAAUACCUACAGCUACCUAGGAUCAAACGGCACAGUCUCCUGAUUUUGAGACAAGGGCUCCACUUCUAGGCCACCACCGCUCACAUUUCACCUUGGAAUAUCCAGAGGAAAUUAUGGGAACUAUAAAUCAUACUGGUAGUAGAUUUUUUGUGGGGGAGUGGAAGGAGGUAGCUAGCUUCAGUGUCCAAGAAAAUAAGGAAAAGAUGACCUGUGAUGCUACCAACUUUAAUUCAAACAUAUUAAAUAAAUGGUGUGUGUUGAGUCCG